AUGAUUCAAGUUGUUGAAAACGUAUUGAGCUAUUCUCAGGGAAAAGUUGCCGAUUUGAAGAAUCUUCAGUUGCGCAAAGAACAACUCAAUGCCCUCUUCCUUCAAGCUGUUGCCUUCCUGACAAUCAUCGCUCAGUACCUCCGAGACUACGUGGAGAAAUACGAGAUCGCUGAAAAGGUCCUCCAGCCGAUUGACAAGCACUUUGCUCUAGCUCGAUCGAUUGAUGGAAAACAAGUCGAGCUUGAAGUCCGAUUUACUAUCAAAGAUGAGAUGAAAGAAAGUGAAAAAAUCGAAGAUGAAUCAGAAACCGAAGACGAAUCUGAAAUCACCGAAAAUCCUGAAAUCACCGAAGAAAUCUCUCGAAGCGCUUCUCCCGAGCCACAAAUUGACUGA